GUCGCACUCCUGCUCCGGUGUAAGGUUGGUUUUGCCUCUGUCUCCGGUCGGCCUGAUGCACUACCAGGUGAUCCCGCAGACUCCGGUCCUGGAGUCUAAGAGCGCUGUUCCGGCUCUCCUGCGCACUCCUGGUCUCUCUGCCCUCCCGGAGCCUCGGGACUUCUAGCCGGGGGAGCCGCCGCCGCUUUGCCCGCUUUGUCGCCGCCGCCACCCCCACUCGCGGGCCCGCGUUGCUGCUUCCUCCGAGAUCCCAGCCCAUCGAGCCGCCUUCUGGACGGCCGGGUCUCAAGUGUGGUGCAGGGAGAACUAGUCCAGGCAAGUGUGAACUUAGGGCGACCAUCUUGCACAUCCGUAAAUCACGAGUAAGGAUUUCAACUGCCCUGACUGGUGUGUGGACCAAACAUUAUUCGUCUGCUUCCAAACUGCCCACUACUCUGCUUCCAGUCUCAUCUUUACUGAAAUGGCUUCUUCAGCUUAGAGACAACAUUCUUUUAGACUUCUAGAAGCUGGAGCAUGGAAAUGGACUCAGUGGUCAUUGAGGAUGUGGCUGUGGUCUUCAGCCAAGAAGAGUGGGCUUUGCUGGAUCUUGCUCAGAGGAAACUCUACAGAGAUGUGAUGAUGGAAAACUUCAGAAACCUGGCUUCAAUAGUCUCUCGAAAGCUUAAUGAUGGAAACAAAUUAUCCAGUGAACUUAUAAUGCUGCGAUUCAUGAAGAAUAACACCUGGUCCUCCAUGUUAGGAGAAAUCUCCGAAUCGCAUGGCACUAGAGAUCAGCAUAAAAACCAAGGGAGACAUUUGAGAAUGUUGCCUGUUUUUAACAGAAGUCACACAGUAGAGAACCUCUGGGAAAGUAAUGAAGGCAAUCAGUGUGGGAAAACCUUCAGCUGGAUUCCAAAUCUUACUGUGCUAAAAAGAAAUUCUCCAGAACUAAAUCCUUUUGAAUGCUGUGAGUGUGGAAAAGCCUUCAUCGAUCACCCAUCACAUAAGCAUCAUACCAUAUCUCACACUGGAUGCAGUACCUGUCAGUGUAAGGAAUGUGCAGAAACCUGUGGUUGCCCCUCUCACUUAUUCACGCCUAUGAGAACUCUCAUUGCAAAGAAACUUUAUAAAUGUAAGUUGUGUGGAAAAGACUUAAGUUGUAUGUCAGUGCUUAAGAAUUCUGUGAUAACACUCUCUGGUGAGAAACGCUAUGAAUGUAAUGAAUGUGGGAAACAUUUCUGUAGUUUUUCAUCCUUUUGGACACAUGUGAGAGGUCAUAAACAUGAAUGUAAAGAAUGUUGUAAGACCUAUAGUCGUCCUUCUUCCCUUAUUUUACAUGAAAAAUUUCAUAUCAGAAAUAUGCCUUAUGAAUGUAAGGAAUGUGGGAAAGCCUUUAGUCAGUCCUCAACCCUCACUCAACAUAUAAGAACUCACAGUGGAGAGAGGCCUUAUGAAUGUAAGGAAUGUGGGAAAGCCUUUAGUCAGGCCUCAUCCCUCACUCAACACAUAAGAAUUCAUAGUGGAGAGAGGCCUUAUGAAUGUAAGCAAUGUGGGAAAGCCUUUAGUCAGGCUUCAUCUCUCACUAGACACGUAAGUACUCACACUGGAGAGAAACCUUAUGAAUGUAAGGAAUGUGGGAAAGCCUUCAGUCGGGCCUCAUCCCUCACUACACAUAUAAGAAAUCACAGUGGAGAGAAACCUUAUGAAUGUGAGGAAUGCGGGAAAGCCUUUAGUCAGGCCUCAUCCCUGUUUAAACAUAGAAGAACUCACACUGGAGAGAAACCUUAUGAGUGUAAAGAAUGUGGGAAAGCCUUUAGUGAUUCCUCCGCACUCACUACACAUGUAAGAACACAUACUGGAGAGAGACCUUAUGAAUGUAAGGAAUGUGGGAAAGUCUUUACAUGUUUCUCACACCUCACUACGCAUAUUAGGACUCACAGUGGAGUGAGGGCUUAUGAAUGUAAGGAAUGUGGAAAAGCUUUUAGUCAGUCUGCACACCUCACUACUCAUAUAAGAACUCACAGUGGCGAGAGACCUUAUGAAUGUAAGGAAUGUGGGAAAGCCUUUAGUUGUUCUUCAUCCCUCACUACACAUAUAAGGACUCACAGUGGAGAGAGACCUUAUGAAUGUAAGGAAUGUGGGAAAGCCUUUAGUCAGGCCUCAGCCCUCACUAGACAUAUAACAACUCACAGUGGAGAGAGGGCUUAUGAAUGUAAGGAAUGUGGAAAAGCCUUCAGUCGGGCUUUAUCCCUCACUACACAUUUAAGAACUCACAGUGGAGAGAAACCUUAUGAAUGUAAGGACUGUGGAAAAGCCUUUAGUCAGGCCUCACACCUCACUACACAUGCAAGAAUUCACAAUGGAGAGAGACCUUAUGAAUGUAAGAAAUGUGGGAAAGCCUUUAGUUGUUCCUCAGCCCUCACUACACAUAUAAGAACUCACACUGGAGAGAGGCCCUAUGAAUGUAAUGAAUGUGGGAAAGCAUUUAGUUGUUCCUCAGCCCUCACUACACAUAUUAGAACUCACAGUGGAGAGAAACCUUAUGAAUGUACGGAAUGUGGGAAAGCCUUUAGUGAUUCCUCACACCUCAACCCAUGUAAGAACUCACAGUGGAGAGAGGCCUUAUGAAUGUAAACAAUGUGGGAAAGCCUUUACUCAGGCCUCACACCUCACUAGACAUAGAAGAACUCACCGUGGAAAGACUACUUUAUGUGAAAAAUGGGAUGUUUCAUUCUUACUGCUAUAAUUUCA